GUCACUUCCUGGUACGACAGCAGCUGAGUGUGCAUCAAAUGUGAAGAAGAUUUAUACAGUACAAACAGUGCAGGAUUUCUGGAGUGUCUACAACAACAUUCCUCCUGUGACAAAUUUGCCUCUGAGGUGUAGUUACCAUUUAAUGAGGGGAGAAAGACGUCCACUUUGGGAAGAAGAAAGCAAUGCCAAAGGAGGUGUAUGGAAAAUGAAGGUCCCUAAAGCAAGUACAGCUGCAGUUUGGAAAGAGCUACUGCUAGCAACCAUUGGAGAGCAGUUUACAGAUUGUUGUGCAGCAGAUGAUGAAGUCAUAGGGGUCAGUGUCAGCGUUCGUGACCGUGAAGAUGUUGUGCAAGUCUGGAAUGCCAAUGCCUCUUCAGCAAGCGAAGCAAAAGUUGUAGAAAAGAUCCACAAACUUCUGCCACACACGUCUUUUAAAGCAGUCUUUUAUAAAUCCCACAGAGAGCAUCAUGCUUUUGAAGGCUGA